AUGUUCAUUGUGGUUUAUUUGCUACAAGCCCUUCCAUCAUGCAUACCAGAUUGCGUUGGAACGGCCUUAGCUUUUACAGAAAGUGGAAGACCUUUGCGAGAUAUAGGGGACAAGCUCAUCAUAGAAGACGAUUUCUUUGCUCGCGAACGAAUUUACGAGGUAGAAAAAAGGUGCCGAAAAUGUGAAAUCAUUGACUACUUCGCGGUGUUAGCGGAUAAGGAAGGUCAUUAUUUGGGCUAUAAUCCAGAGAACAAUUUGAUGUAUCUUGACCGUGAACAUCAUUUCAAUAGAUUUGCGAAGCAAAGAUUGCAGAUUUUGUAUAAUAGACUUGCACAGGAGUUUGAAAGCAGCAAACUCUUCGAUCAUCACGAAUUUUGA